AUGGCCAUGGCCGACGCGUGUGAAGUGGAGUCCAUGGAAAUACCGGCCUGCGAUGAAGGCCUCUACAAUGACGCAUGCAGAGCGGACGGCGUUGUCGCAAAAUCACUUUCGAUCCCAACGGAUAGGAGAUACGCAACAAUGGUGGUCGAAGGCCUGGGUAGCGAGGUGAUCGGAAAAGUGGAAAAAUUGUCCGCGGGCACCCGGUAUCGCAAAGAACAUGGCUUCGAAUAUAAGGGCAUCAAACCUGCUAUCCAAGUUUUUUUCCUCGGGGAGACCACCGUUGGGCGACCGUACAUGACAAUAAUUCCAUUCUACAUCUCAGGCAAAGUGACAAUUGGCAACAAAUCCGUUGAAAUGAAACGGCACUACCAUGUCUCCGGUGAAUGUUCUUUGUUGGUUGAAAGUGAGGCCGGGAAAGUGGGAAAAUUAGGAGCAUGGGUUUUUAAGUUGGGAAAAUAG